CUAAAAUACCAUUAUUUUCGGAGCAAAAACCGAAGGAAGAAACAUGAUAUUCUUUGCAGCUACAAUUUAUACAUUGGGUUUCUUUUACUCCACGAUGCCUAUCGUCAUCAGUAAAUUGUACUUGCUUUUACCUACGAACGAAACCUAUACGGGCAAAUUUUUAUUUCGCAUAGAACAUGUUCUCGAUGUGGACAAGUAUUUCAACCUGUUGAUGCUUCAUGGAAUCAUCAGCGUAUUUUUUAUAGUAUCGAUAUGGAUAGCUGCCGAUGGUAUGUUCAUACUUUGCACUCAGCAUGUCUGCGCAUUGUUCGAAUGUAUACGAUACAAUAUGGAGCGUAUACAAAGCCCGGAUUUCGCGACUAUGAAUAUAGAAGACGAUGAAGCGUAUCAUAUCAUAAUUGGUUGCAUCAAAUCGUACAAACGUGCCUUAAAAUUUUCCGAACUGCUCUCAUCCACCUACGCCACAUAUUAUCUUUUUCUGCUAGGAAACGUAGUAAUAGCUGGCAGCUUCAGUGCAGCUGAGUUGAUAAUGGUGGAGACUCAAUUGGAUGAAGUUAUCAGAAUUGUUUCUUGUAAUGCCGGAUUAUUGCUACACAUAUUUUACCUAAGCCUGAUGUCUCAACGAAUGAUCGAUCAUAGCAGUGGAUUUCAUGAAGUAAUUUAUAACUGCAACUGGUAUAAGAUUUCAAUCAGAUCUCAAAAAUUAUUGAGAUUUACGUUACAGCGAGCUUCUAAACCGUGCCAAAUAAAAGCUGGCAAACUUUACGUAAUGUCAAUGGAGAAUUUCAGCUCGAUCUUACAAGUUUCCAUGUCUUAUAUCGCUAUGCUUACGUCACUACAAUAAUAAUGAUAUAAGAUCGAAUAUGUUCUUAAGAAAGUUGUAUAUUUUAUGCUGAUAUCAAUUAUUAAUAUAUACU